UUUAAAUACUUUGCCAGCAGAGACACAAGCAAGCAAGUUAUCCAGUAACUCUGAGACAAACCUGAAGAAGAUCUUGGAAGACUGUGUGUAUAAUUUCAGGAAUACGCAACUUGUUCUUGGGAAAGUUUACCAAAUAACUGAGUAAACCCACUUCCAGGAACAUAGACCUCUAUGAACUUCUAUUUUAAAACGUGCAACUCCAUCAGAAACUUUUCUGAAUGCCAGGAAUGGAGAUCGUUACUCAAACCAAGAAUUCUUGCCAAAAAUCAAAUCCUCUCUCAAGUGUUCAGCGUUAUGUAACAAACACGCAGAGCUCCUGGAGAGGUAUCUUCCCAACAAAGUAUUGUUUUUGGAAAACCUCACUAAACCAUAGUGAGGUUACAACUAAUUCAAGCAUAAUGUUGCAUAACCUAUUAUGAAACAUUUUUUAAAGCAAGGUCUUUGACUUAUGACCUCCAUUAUAUAAUUUCCGGACUGCACUGUUGGACAUUUCAGUCGUGAAAUCUGGUCACAGUAAUUUUAAUACAAUAGUUUUAAUAAGCAGUUUCUUCCCCACAAAUAUUCAGAUGUUGUGAGCUAAACAGCUGCAACAUGUUUAGGGUGGUGAACUCGAGUAUGCGCUCUGAUUUGAGGCUUUUUGAGGGGGAACUCGUGUAGCAUCUCUGUAGACAGACCCACACGGACUACAGUAGGCGGCCAAUGUGAACCCCAGUACUGGUUCAUAAAAAACAAUGGGUGAUGUCAUGAUGUCCAUCUUUCAUAAACAGUCUGUGGUUUCAGUGUUAAUGUUCAACAGGUUCAGGUGACUGUGGAGUGAUUUAAAGUGGUGCUCGGGAUUUUAUUUGAGUGAGACCAUCAAGACCAUCAAGAUUACGGUCAGCCAGGAGCAGAGGCUUCACUUCCCCAUUUCCUUCACUACAUCAAAACAGCACCUUUCAAUCCUGAGGUGGCCAAGCUGCUAGAGCCAAAUAACUGCGGGGUCACAGUAGGAUCCUGCAGGAGAGACGAAAUUGAUGUGCGACCGGAGGAUGCUGUCGAAGCUGAGCGAAGCACUGUGGAACUAUCACAGCCUUCUCCUGAUCAUCCUCACGCCGCUGCUGCUGCUCCCUCUUCCUCUGGUCAUCGGAACAAAGGAGGCAGAAUGUGGCUUUGUGAUGAUGCUGAUGGCGAUAUACUGGGUGACGGAGGUGAUUCCACUGUCCAUGACCGCCAUGCUCCCCGCCAUUCUCUUCCCCCUCUUUGGCAUCAUGUCGUCCUCCAAUGUGGCAAAGGAGUAUUUUAAUAACUUCCACUUCCUGCUUGUGGGUGUUGUCUGCCUCGCCACGUCCAUCGAGAAGUGGGGCCUCCACCGCAGAGUCGCCCUGAGGCUCGUCACCUUGGUGGGGGUCAACCCUGCUUGGUUGUUGCUUGGCUUCAUGUCCGGCUGUGCCUUCCUCUCAAUGUGGGUCCAAAACACAUCAGCUGUUACCAUGGUGAUGCCCAUCGUAGAUGCUGUUCUCCAACAGAUUCUAAAGGCGAAUGAAGAGGGAUACUCUGGUGAAGACAACCCUACCCUGGAGCUGGACGAAAUCAACAACUGUACUGCAAAAAAUAAAGAAGCUCUGAGUGACAGCACAGAGCCAGAUGUCCCCACAGAAACCUUCACUUCUGUUCAAAUACCAGCAGAGUCGCAGCCUGCAGCAGACGAGGCUGCAGAGAACGUACCCACGGCCUCCUGCAGGCGUCGGCAGGGCCGGAUGCUAUGCAAAGCCAUGUGCAUCGGCAUCGCCUACUCCUCCAGCAUUGGCGGCAUCACCACGCUGCCGGGAACCUCUGCUAACCUCAUAUUCUCUGAGUACCUCAACCACGUUUACCCAGACUGCAACAGCAUCAACUUUGCCAACUGGUUCCUGUUGUGCCUGCCCAUCAGUGUUAUCAUGCUGCUGCUGACAUGGUUCUGGCUGUACUGGCUCUUCAUUGGCUCAGACUUCAAGUUCCUGUGGCAGUGUCGGGGAGAGCAGUCUGACAGAGAGAGGGCGGUGAAAAAGGUGCUGGAAGACGAGUACAAGAAGCUGGGAGCCAUUAGUUCUCAGGAGAUCUUCACCGGGGUGGUUUUUGUGGUGAUGGUUUUGUUGUGGUUGACCAGAUCUCCAGGUUUUGUACCCGGCUGGGCUUCCCUCUUCCCUCAUAAAUCCAACUACAUCACAGAUGCCACUGUGGCUCUGGUGCUGGGCGUCCUCCUCUUCUUUGUACCUGCUCACGGACCCUCCAGAAAAUAUGAGGCGAUGAUCUCUUGGAAAGAGUUUCAGGCCUCCAUGCCGUGGCAAGUUGCCCUGCUGGUUGGUGGAGGCUUUGCCCUCGCUAAAGGUGCAGAGGAGUCAGGUCUCUCUUUGUGGGUGGCCAGGCUGAUGACACCUCUGGGCGACCUCCCGGUCUUAGCAACAGUCACAAUUGCCUGUCUCAUUGUCACCACGCUAACAGAAGUGACCAGCAACGCCGCCACCAUCACCAUCUUCCUCCCCAUUCUCUCUCCUCUGGCCGAGGCCAUACACGUCAACCCGUUGUACAUCCUGAUCCCUGCCACCCUGUGCACAUCCUUCUCCUUCCUCCUGCCAGUGUCCAACCCGCCCAAUGCUGUGGUGUAUGCCUAUGGACACAUCACUAUCAUGGAUAUGGUGAAGGCGGGGCUUGGUGUCAACACGAUCGGAGUCCUCUCCCUCUUGCUGGCCAUGGCAACUUGGGGAAUUCCUCUGUUUUCGCUGGAUACAUACCCUGAGUGGGCACCGACCUUCAACUCCACGACACCUUGAUGAGCGGACCCUGGAACUUAGUUUUCAGUGGUCAGAAUCCUUAUAGAGACUCCAAGGAGAUUCUUGCUAGAGUGAUGUUAGACAGGCUAUAAACUAAAGUUAAAAGCUGUUAAAAAUAAAAUAAAAUAUUAAUAUUUAUGUUUGUUUAGUUUAAAAGAUCUAUCUCUUUAGUUUGAGUUCAUGGGCCAGGAGCUGCAAAGGGAAGUCGAGUUUUUCUGGAAGGUAAACGUCAUCCUGGAGUGUAAUUAAUGCAGUUUUGUAAGAUGCCACCAGAUUCUCACAGUUACUCAUCAGGUGUCAUUUUGCAUUAGUAUGAAACAUGUGCAGGAAGUUGGAGGGUUGCUGUCACAAUCAGUCAGUUUGUUAAAAAGCACAUCAUGGUUCGGUUCCUUCAAGACCUUCAUUUUCUGUGCUUUCUUGUGUUUUUUUUUAUUUCACUUACACUUAUUGUUAGACUCUGAUAAGGAUUUUGUUAGGGUUUAAAUACACCACUCCACAACAGUAAACCUGCACACUGGAAAAUUUGUGUAGCGACCCCGUUUCACUAAUGCCAUAACCCAUAAGAAGGGAGAAAAGGUUGCUGCCACUCGGCAUGCAUCUAUGCAAUACGCUGAUUAGUUCAUAUGUUUUCACUUUUAGCUGUUAACUGGGGCUCUGUUGUUCUUCCCUUUUCUAUAGAUUUCUAAUCAGGGUUCAAUUCUAUGCGUCCUUCUUAAAUCCUGUCUCUGGCAAAAGCUGGGAUACCACACUGGAAGUAGCACAUUUUUGACUGGCUCAGGGAUUUGUGUAAACCCAACAGGAGAAGUUUGGAUAUGUGUGUGUUUUGUUUUUUAAAGUUUUCAAUAAACUGUG